AUGGUUGGAUUGACUCAAGAACAAAAACAGUUUUAUGAAGAAAACGGUUACGUAUUGUUGGAAAAUUUACUUCCAGAAAAUGAUUUAUCAAAUAUAUAUGAGCAAUAUAACGAUUUGUUUAAAAGAAAGAAUCAAGAGAAGAUGGAGAGCUCCUGGGUGGGAAGCGACGCAAAUGACAGACAAAGCGAUAGUACUUACACUGUGAAGGGAAUCCACAAUCUACAAUACCAUUCAGCUAUCUUCAAUCGCUUCAUCUUCAACAAGAACCUUCUGGAUGCUUUAGAAGACAUCAUGGGUACCAAUAACAUAAUGCUACAUCAUACGAAAGCUCAUUUCAAGCCACCGGAAAAAGGUGCUGCAUAUCCUAUGCAUCAGGACUAUCACUAUUUUCCCUAUAAGAAUAAUUCGAUGGUAGCAGCGUUCCUACACCUUGAUGCUGCUAAUCCAGAAAACGGAGGCUUAUUUGUGUAUCCAGGGUCGCAUAAAUUAGGUCCACAAGAAGAUAUUGGAGCUAAGGAAGGAAAUUUCCAUUAUGUUAAUCAGAAACUCUUUCCAAUAGAAAAAGCUACCCCUAUCGUUGCUAAAAAGGGGGAUGUAGUGAUCUUCUCGUAUCUUCUUGUGCAUGGUAGUUCUGCUAAUACAUCUCAGCGACCGCGACGAAUGCUUCUGAUGCAAUUAGCCUCUGCUGAUGAUGAGCCUAUAGGCUUGCAGCUUAUGCGACCAGGACAAGGAUGGAUGCUUAGAGGUAUCAACAUAAAUCGGGACGCAAGCAUCUCCAAAAGGUUCGAACAGCCAUAA